GGUUGAAUCAGUAAUUAAAUCGAUCUUGACAACCUACCAGCCUACCGGUUCUCACAAGUCACAAGCAGCCAAUUAUAUCACUCAGCAUAUCAUAUUCACAAUCGCAAAUCGCAAUGUCGUCUGAAAUGUAUUCUCUAGCCAGUAAAGUCAAGCUGGCCAACGGUGCGUCCAUGCCGCUCUUGCACCUGGGCCUCUACAUGAUACCCGGGAACCAGGUGAAGGACCCCGUCAGAUGGGCCCUCGCCGCCGGCUACCGGGGCUUCGACUCGGCGCAGAUGUACGACAACGAGCGCGAGACGGGCCGGGCCAUCCGGGACUUCCUCUCCAGCAGCCAGAACAAGGCCGGGCUCACGCGGGAGGACAUCUUCUACACCACCAAGCUGGCCAACAACAGGGCCUCGUACCAGCAGGUCCGCCGCUCCAUCAAGCAGUCCGUCGACGCCUGCGGCCUCGGCUAUGUCGACCUGUUCCUCCUGCACAGCCCCUACGGCGGCUCCGAGGCCCGCCUGGCCAGCUGGAGGGCCCUCGAGGACGCCAUCGCCGACGGCGAGGUCAGGAUGGCCGGCAUCAGCAACUUUGGCGUCCGACAUAUCGAGGAGCUGAUGGCCUCUAACCCGCGGAUCCGCCCUGUUGUCAACCAGUUUGAAGUCCACCCCUUCAACACGAAUACCGAGAUCAGAGCCGCCUGCGCAAAACAUGGCAUCAUCGUCGAGGCGUACGGGCCCCUCGCCAGGGCAAUGCGGAUGAAACACCCCACCAUCCUGUCGCUCUCCAGCAAGUACGGCUGUACCCCAGCACAGCUGAUGAUCCGCUGGUCUCUACAACACGGCAUGGUCCCGCUGCCGAAGUCGUCGAACCAAGACCGCCUCGUCAGCAACGCCGAUGUGGGGAAAUUUGCCAUCUCGGAGGAAGAUAUGGCAGCCAUGGACGGACUUGAUGAGAAUCUUGUGACUGACUGGGAUCCCACCGACGCGCCCUAGGCUUGCAAGCCUCUGUCAGAAGGGAUGCAAAUGUGUGAGUGCUGUAAUUGAGAUUUAAUUAAGACAAGGAUGAGGGGACAGAAGGGCAUGUGGUCCAAGGUAGCCUAAUCCCCACGGUGCCGGCCCUAGAUUUCACACAUAGUGGUAGAGUCAUGGGGUUUGGAGUUGCGGCGUGGUCAAAUGUAAUUAGGUGCUCCUCCAACUGGGAUUAAUUAUGCCGGUGUGAGUCGGUGUGACUCAUUCAUUCAUUGGCCGCGAUAUCUUUUGCAUUCAAAAAAGAACGUUGAGGAGUCUCGACAAGCUGGCU